CCCACUCGUGCCUGCCUCCUCCCUCCUUCCCUUUCUCCUCUCCAUUCCCCUCUCCCCUCCUCUGCUCUCCUCCAAGGUCAUGGCAAAGGAGAAAUAACAGCGGCUGGGGAAAAAUAGCAAGUGGGAGAUCAGCUGGGAGAGGUGAAUACUACUUGAGUAGAGGUGUAGAAGUGGUAUAAAAGAAGGCUCGUCUAGCUGCGAGUGAAUUAUUCCCGGUGUGUGUUGCGAUGAUGGGAGGUGGGCUGGUGAUGGACCAGGGCAUGAUGUUCUCCGGCGUGCACAACUUCGUGGAUCUCCUGCAGCAGAACGGCGGCGACAAGAACCUCGGCUUCGGCUCGCUCGUGCCGCAGACGUCGUCGGGGGAGCAGUGCGUGAUGGGCGAGGGAGACCUCGUGGACCCGCCGCCGGACAGCUUCCCGGACGCCGGGGAGGACGACAGCGACGACGAUGUGGAGGACAUCGAGGAGCUGGAGCGCCGGAUGUGGCGCGACCGCAUGAAGCUUAAGCGGCUCAAGGAGCUGCAGCAAAGCCGCGGGAAGGACCCGGCGGGCGGCGGGGGCGACCUGUCCAAGCCGCGGCAGUCGCAGGAGCAGGCGCGGCGCAAGAAGAUGUCGCGCGCGCAGGACGGCAUCCUCAAGUACAUGCUCAAGAUGAUGGAGGUGUGCCGCGCGCAGGGGUUCGUGUACGGGAUCAUCCCGGAGAAGGGCAAGCCGGUGAGCGGCGCCUCCGACAACCUCCGCGGUUGGUGGAAGGAGAAGGUCCGGUUCGACCGCAACGGCCCGGCCGCCAUCGCCAAGUACCAGGCCGACAACGCCGUCCCGGGCUGCGAGAGCGAGCUCGCCUCCGGCACCGGCAGCCCGCACUCGCUGCAGGAGCUGCAGGACACCACGCUCGGGUCGCUGCUCUCGGCGCUCAUGCAGCACUGCGACCCUCCGCAGAGGCGGUACCCGCUCGAGAAGGGCGUCCCUCCCCCGUGGUGGCCCACCGGCGACGAGGAGUGGUGGCCGGAGCUCGGCAUUCCCAAGGACCAGGGCCCUCCCCCGUACAAGAAGCCCCAUGACCUCAAGAAGGCCUGGAAGGUCAGCGUGCUCACCGCUGUCAUCAAGCACAUGUCGCCGGACAUUGAGAAGAUCCGCCGGCUCGUCCGCCAGUCCAAGUGCCUCCAAGACAAGAUGACCGCCAAGGAGAUCUCCACCUGGCUGGCGGUCGUCAAGCAGGAAGAGGAGCUGUUCCUGAAGCUGCACCCCGGCGCCCGCCCUCCGGUACCGUCCGGCGGCAUCGCCAGCGCCAUUUCAUUCAACGCCAGCUCAAGUGAGUACGACGUCGACGUCGUCGACGACUGCAAGGGUGACGAGGCCGGCAACCAGAAGGCUGUCGUCUCCGACCCAUCCGCGUUCAACCUUGGCGCGGCUAUUCUGAGUGACAAGUUCCUCAUGCCGGCGACCAUGAAAGAGGAGACCACCGAUGUGGAGUUCAUCCAGAAGAGGAGCGCGCCUGGAGCUGAGCCUGAGCUGAUGCUGAACAACCGCGUCUACACCUGCAACAAUGUCCAGUGCCCGCACAGCGACUACGGAUACGGGUUCCUUGACCGGAACGCGCGCAACAGCCACCAGUACACCUGCAAGUACAAUGAUCCCCUCCAGCAGAGCACGGAGAACAAGCCAUCGCCGCCGGCCAUCUUCCCAGCAACCUACAACACGCCGAACCAGGCGCUCAACAAUCUGGACUUCGGCUUGCCCGUCGACGGCCAGAGGUCAAUUACAGAGCUGAUGAACAUGUACGACAGCAACUUCGUGGCCAACAAGAGCCUAAGCAACGACAGUGCCACGAUAAUGGAGCGGCCUAAUGCGGCCAACCCAAGGAUGCAGAUGGACGACGGCUUCUUUGGACAGGGCAGUGCCAUUGGUGGCAGCAGCGGAGGUGUGUUCGACGAUGUAAAUGGCAUGAUGCAGCAACAGCAGCAGACUACCCCGGUGCAGCAGCAGUUCUUCAUCCGCGAUGACACAGCAUUUGGUAACCAGAUGGGCGAAAUCAGCGGUGCAUCGGAGUUCAGGUUCGGGUCUGGUUUCAACAUGUCAGGUGCCGUCGACUACCCUGGUGCAGUGCAGGGCCAACAGAAGAACGACGGCUCCAAUUGGUACUACUGAGUACUGAAGAAAUAAACCUGUAGUGUUUAAAGAAAGAGCACGUUAAGCUUUUAAGUUCACCAUGGUCAUCAUCUGCUUCCAUGGUGGAAGCGUCUCCCAGUCCCAGUGAACCUGGUAAUUCUAUAGGUCUUUCUCAUAUAGGUUUUGCAUUAGUUGCAAAAUGGCUGGAACUUGGAACUGGUUUAUAUACAUGUAUGUCCGUCCAGCCAGUAAACCUCCUAUGGAAACUUAAUGUUAUUUCUAGUUUCAUUUGUUAGUUAAAAUGCUGUUCAUAUGUCUGGUUGUUAAAUCACCUAUGCUUGUUUGGGUAUCUGGUUCUGUAUCUUUUCAUUUGGUGAAUGUAUGAAGUGCUCUCUCUUGGGUAA